CUCAGGUGGAGAUCGUAGAAGCCAGGGGGGUGGACCUAAAGGUAAAACCCUAACAGCCAGAAACUUGUCCUACGAUACCACAGAAGAAAGUUUAAAGGAUUGCUUCGAGGGAGCUGUCAGUUGUCGAAUCCCAACUUUCCCCGAUACAGGAAAAUCACGAGGCAAUGGUUCGAUUGAUAAAAACAUGGAAACGUUUUGCUAUGAUUUUGAUUCUAUAUAUUCUGGUGCAAUACAUGCGCUUACUAAAUUGGCCCUUACAAGAUAUUAAGAAUGGCUUAGUAACAGAAGAAAGCUUUCGGUUUAUGGCGAAAGCAAAUCCUAAAACUAAAGUGGGAACAGUAACAACUUCAACUUCAACAACAAAAAGAACAAAAGCAAAAUCAAUGACAACAACACCAAUUAUAAAUAUUGUGCGAAUUUCGGGCAUAAUUCAUAAAUAUUUCAAAGUUGGCGUUUUUAGUUCAGAAAAAUUAAGCUUAAAUUAUUUAUCACCUAACUACUACAGUUCACAAUAUCAAAAUUUACUCAAAGAAAAACAAAUAGAAUUCAGAUAUAAGGACUUCAGAUUAGUUGAACCCCAUUUCUCAACUGAAGAGGAUCGGUUGCUUUUUCUAAAUAACAGUAUUUAUGUUAAAGAUCUCGAAGUCAUUCCGGCAGUGCGAUUACGCGGAAUAGUUGCGGUUCAGGAAAAUGCAAUAGCGUAUGAUAGACUCGAUUGUGGCUGGAAAAAUAAUUUAACAGACUACGAGUAUACAAACAAUUCUGGAGAAAAUAAUGUGAAUAAUUACUUCAAUGGAACUUUGUGCCCACUUCUCAUUCCAGACAGUUUUGCCUUUCAGCAUUUCAUCGACGGUGUUCUACCCAAAUUAAUGCAGGUUUAUGAUUAUGUUGUCAAUAGUAACGUGUAUUUUCUCAUCUAUAAACCACGUGACAGUUUAAUUUAUGAUUUUUAUGACAAGUUGGGUAUUUCACGUGAUAGGUUACUAUUUUAUGACAAGAAACCAAUGAAAGUAAAAAGAAUGAUUAAUACGUGUAUAGCCCCGCCCAUACAUCCUACACUGUGGUUAUCUGGUAGAGAAGCAUUAGGGCUUUCGGCCGAUAGGCUGGUACCUAUGAAUCAAACGUUAGUUGUAUUUAUUAGACGUAUUAACACACAUAAUGGUGGUAGAAAGAUAUUGAACAGUGAUCAAGUUGAGAAAGUUUUGAACCAUCGAUACGGAAAUAAUGGUGUGCGAAUAUUUUCAGGGGGGGUGAAUUUUAAGGAGACCGUGUCCUUGUUUCAAAGGGCACGAAUCAUCAUUGGUGUACAUGGUGGAGCUUUGUAUAAUAUAAUAUUUGCUCCUCAGCAAACUAGUGUAAUUGAAAUCAUGCCAACAUUAGACAAUGGUCAAAUCCAACCGGGAAGGUUAGCACAUGAGAUAAUCUGGUUUCAAGCCCAAUUUCUUGGACAAUCAUACUGGAGGUUGCCGAUCCAACCUGAACUAAAUAAAGUAGGGUAUAAUGUUAAUGUAGAUAUAGGUCGGCUAGAAGUGCUAUUAAAUAAAGUAGAUACAGCUUACAGAGCAUAGAUACAAACUUGGCAGGCUUCGUCUUUCCAGAACGUAAUUCCAUUUUGCAUUGAGUGGAAUACAUGGGAAAUGUUUAAUGAAUAUCUUCGGGAGUUUCGUCCCCGGGCCAUUAUACGGCCUUCAUAACUUUGUUAAUUUCAAAUUUAAUUACGGUGGUUGACAUAGAACAAUAUUUGGCUACCUCGACUAGGCUGUUUUAACGCUUUUAUAUUUGUACACAUUAGCUUCGUUCUAUUAUUAAGUUUGUUGAAAAAAAUUGUUAUUUUAUUUGUAUUAAGUGUCUCAUAGUUCAAAGAGCAAGUAAUUUGGCUAUGGACAUGCUUUUUAAUUGAUUUAGAGAGCCGACAUGACAGCGGGAGGUGAUUCAAAAUCAAUCCGUUGGGUUCCUCUGUAAUUGCUGACAAUAUUACAGACACACUUAUACGUUCGGGUAAAACUCCCAGUCCUAAAACUGCCAAGUGGAUAAAAAAAAAUCUCUAUGGAAUUCAAGUAAAUGGUAUAAAACAAUUACAUCCAAAUCAUGUGUAAUAAAAGAUGGUAUUUACAUUACUACGCAUUAAAGGAGCCAAUUAAUCGCUAUUUUUGGGCACCAAGAAAUGGACACACAUGGGUCUGAACGCUAUACAUAAUGUAAUAUGAGUGUAUAUAAACUGAUUUACAUUCUA